ACUCUUCGUGAGUAAUCUGUAUCACAGACAGACGUCAUGGUCGCCGAAGAAGUGGAAAAACUAUUGAACGCGGCGAAGAAUGGCGAUUUGACAGUCCUCAACUCGGUGAAAGUAACUGAUGUCAUCGAAGAUGAUCACGGAGCUAAUUGCAUUCACUACGCAGCGAGGGGUGGAUCGUUGGAAGCGUUGCAGUAUUUGGUUGAAUCUAAGAGCUUAGACCCGAACAAACGCAACAGUGUCGGGGCAACUCCUCUUCAUGAUGCAGCCGCCACAGGCAAUUUGGAAGCUCUCAAGUGGCUCCUGAAUCGCGCCGAUACGAAAGUGGACGAUCAAGACGGAUCUGGGGCCACCGUGACACAUUUGUCCGCUCGCUACGGCCACACCCAAACUCUUACCUGGCUUCUUGAUGAGACAAACUGUGAUAUUUUGAAGAAGUCUGCUAGCGGGGCAUUACCAAUUCACAGCGCAGCAGAAGGCGGCCAUCUAGAAUGUGUGAAACUUUUGGUGGAAGAAGCGCCCAGGUCAGUUAACAUGCAGAUGAAUAAUGGUGCCACACCUGUAUACCUUGCCUGUCAGUCUGGACACUUGGAUGUUGCACAGUAUCUGUCCCAGAAAAAUGGAACACCCAAGAUCCACACGUUUGAUGGCAUGUCAUCUCUGCAUGCUGCUGCCCAGAUGAAUCAGCUUCCUAUUGUAAAAUGGCUGAUCAAAGAUCAAGGUUUGAACCCAAAUGAGCGAGACUUUGAUGGUGCCACUCCCUUCACUAUGCUGCAAGUCAAGGGCACAAAGAUAUUCGUGCAAUGGCUGAUGAAAGAAGGUGGGGCCCGCAUUAUUUUAGACAACCUUGGUGGAAGUCCACUUCACAAUGCUGCAGAACUGAACCAAAAUCAGGUUGUAAAUGACAUUAUCACCAGGAUAAUAUUGACUUUACUGGAAAAUGGAUGUAAUCCUGAAAUCACUGACAACGAAGGAUUGACAGCAGAAGAGCUCGCUGUGAAGUGUGGUAACACAACUGCAGCAGCCAUCCUGCGUGGGGAGAUAACAUCUCUGCCUGCAUCUCCACCUGCCAGCUCUACUCAGGUUGGUGCCACAUCAACCCUACCAUCAGCACCUGUGCAUCAAGUACCACCGUUGACACCAGUGCUACUACCAUCACCAACUCCUCCUCCACCUCCUCCACCUUUAGUGCCUUCCUCUGUCCAAACACCAUCAGAACAAUCUAAAAAAGCUGCGGCCAGCAUUACUGCCAGUCAUUCAAGAGCUGCAGUGACGACAGUGCUGGCAGAUCACCCUUCAUUUGUUGGCUCUGCAGAGGGUGACAGUGCCAACCGCUCAUAUUCCCUCAUCUCAGUUGUUGCUGAGGUUCAUAAAACUUCCCAAGGAGCUAGUCAGGGGCACUUGUGCAGCUCACGUGAAACUGGUGAGCAGGAGUAUGUGUAUGAAUCUGAGUGUCCUCAGAAUUGUGCACACACCCACAGUCCUGUUGCUGCAGUGAAGUCUACUCCCACCGCCUCUAACCUGUCUUCUGAUCAUCAUCAUUUUCCAACAGAUUCAUCUGCAGCAUUUGACAUUAGUAGUGUGGCAACGAGGUCAAAAACAUUGGCAUCUACAAAAAACUGGCAGACUGCUGCUCAAGGAGCUUCCGACAUGGCAAGCAAACCCAGCGAGGAAACAAAUGGAAUGAGCAGUGGCGAGGAGAGCAAGGAGCCUGCUAAAUCGGUGAUCAAAAUCACCAGCAAUAAUGUGACGAUCAUUUCUACUGGAAGAGAGGGUAGGAUGGCAUCGAAAAUAGUGACAAUGCCUUUGCGCAAAAACAGCGAUGAGUAUUUAGGCUCUGGGGCAAUGGUCACUGCACGAAAAAAAGACUCGGAGUUUAUAUCGGCUUUGACACAAAAGCUGCAUGGCAGUGGUUCCAGCAGCAGAUCAAGCCCAAUAAAUUCACCUGGAUCAACACUGAAUAGGAUGUCCUCGAAUCUGUCUAGAUCAUCAUCAGCAACAACGCCAGCCUGGCAGCACCAGCAGAAACAGGUUGAGGAGGCUCUGCUCAAGCGUCAGCAAAUUCCAGAGAAAACCUCUGAUCCUGUCCUUCCUCCACCGCCGCUUGUCAAUGGGCAUGCAAACAACUCUAAUGAAACUCUUGUAAACGGGGGUCUUGAAGAGGACCUGUCUCCUCACCCUCCUCCUCCUCCUCCUCCACCACCACCAGGCCCUGAAUCUAACUCUAGCUCUUCCAGGAAGACAGUUAUUGCUGAUGCUUCAUACUCAAGUUCCAGGCCAAAGUUACUUGAUUCAUACAGUUCGGUACCAAAUGGGUCGCAAUCACCCACCAGUCCAGGACGUAUUUCUUUCACACCUCAUCAACAGAAGCAUGAUCUCAUGGCAGCCUUACAUGCUGCUGUGACAUCUGGAGCACCAUCAUCUUUGUUACGCAAGACAAAAGGCCCUCCCACUGGAGGUGUCAUGGAAGUCUUCUCAUCCAAGAGGACAAGCGUUAGGACUUUGACGACAAGACCUGAAUCCUCUACAGAACCCAAAGCUCCUAUAAGUUCAGGUCCAGAAAAACAGAAUUCACCUAUCCCCCCUGUAGAAGGAUUUGAUCCCAAAAACUUUUUGGAUCAGGUGCCAAAAGUAAAUUCUUCUGGGAACCAAAUUCCAGAGUGGAAGAGACUCAUGGUAGCAAAGACAGUGGCGCAGAAGGCAGAGGAAGAAUACUUAGAAAAGAAGAAGGUUGAAGAAUAUGAAGCCAGAUUUAAGAACAUGCCAGCAUGGAAGAGAGCACUUCUUGAGAAAAAAGAGGGAUCCAGCAAAUAAAAGUUCAACAUUUUUCCUGCGUGUCCAUUCCCUGUAGAAGUGGUUCACCAAAUGAUUUCAUUUCUGUGACACUGAUCAGAUAAAAUGUCUAAAGGCAUCAGUUAUCAGUUUGUGGACAGGGACUGUCCUUAACCUUUAUGGUUAAAGCCUUCAGAAGAAGCUACAAUCAGGUUUAGGAAAGAUAUUAGCUAUUAACAUCUUCCCCUGCUUCUUAACAGGCAAAUCAGUGUUUGAUUUCCUAUCAAGAUGUGUGUUAUCUUUUGUAUGCUAUGAUUUGGGAUACAGUAUUAUUGUAUCACCGAAAUAGUGAAAAGACUCAGUGAAUCUUCUACUAUUUUUAAAUAUUUGGCACAUUUUCAAAGUGCAUGUCCCUGCCAUCAUUAUGUGACAAAAAAAAUUGAAUCAAAUAUUUUAUUAUGUAAAUCUUCAGCAUUUGUAUAUUGUCUUUAAGAUUUGUUUGCUUGGGACAAAGAAGACAUUUCCACAGUAGUAGCAGCUUUGUGGUUCAAUUCUUGGGUACAGUUUUGAGUAAUGUUAUGGACUCCCCCAGUCCCCUCACAUUAUUUGCAAGCUUAUAAUGAUUAUUUCUAAAUAGGGACCAGUAUAACAUAAAAUGUGGCACAGAUAGCCCCCACUAAACCUUCGCAUGACCAUUGGGCAUUGUUCACAGUUUUUAUUACUUUCAUAUGAUUUACCAAGGAACAGAAUCAAAAAGACAUUUCUCUCAUUUGAUCAAAUUUGUUCCUGGUGCUAGAAAUACACUGAACACAGUCUUUCCCAUCCCUCCACUAAAAGAAAAACCGCUUAUUUUCCCAAGGAUUCUGAAAAAUUGUUAAAAAUCAACACAAUUACAAGGAAGAGCAUUUGCACAGUUUUGUGUGUGUGUGCAUAUGUGUUCAUAGUUGCUAAUACUAACAAAAGUAUAAGUGCAGAAGUGACAAGAUUAUGGUGAACAUUGAACGAGGAGACCAUCCUUAUAAUUUUAAAAUGUGUGGCAAUGUUUCUCAUCGGCUUUGUUUAAUGAGGUCAUCUAACCUCUCCUUGAUAGUAAAAAACGGGUAAUAUUCUAUGUUGCUGGUAUGUGUAUACUUUGAGAUGCUGAAGGCUUCUUUAUUAUCAAGAUCAGCACCUUUUUCAAGUGAUGACUGGCUGAUACAUGAAAGUAGACAGUUUUCAAUAUUAAGGACAGGAUUUUGUAGAAUUUGGUUCAAACCAUGAGUGCUUUUCUAGAAACAAUAAAAAAAAUGCUCUGCACAUUUUUAUGACAAACUUUUGACCACACUAUGUUCUGUUAACCUGUCAAUAACUUUGAGAAUAUUAUCUGUUUUAAACCAUAUUAAAAGACCUUUUUUUGUGUUAAAUUUUGGUCUAUGAUCAUGUACUAAUGUGGCUGUUUGAAUACUUAUACUCAAUGCUCAGAUAUGUUACUUCUAAAAUGUUUCAGCAAGGCUUAUCUAAAUGCUUACUGAACAAACAACACAGAAAGCGGAAAAAUAAGUCCUUUCUAUUAUCAUUAUCAGUAUUUGUUGCCACAUUAGAGAUAUUUAUAGUGUUAUUAAAAUUUUGUUUGUGACCACAGUUAAUGAAUGCUUGUACCUGUGCUUUUUUUUCCCAUCUCCUUUGUUUGAGGUUGAGGUAUGGGAGCUAAUAUUAAUAAGUACCAAGGAAGUGAAUGACGUAUUAUUUAAGGACAUCUGAGUUCAGUAUAUUAUGGUAAAUGAGAGAUGGAAAUGUAACGGAUGAAUUUAUCAACAGAGAACUGAGACAGGGUACAUAUUUUGCACAUUUUCCCAGGAGUAUUUUUUAAAUUUCUGCUCUGUACAGCCUUAUCUUUGCCUGUUCAAACAUCUUGUAUUUGCUAAAGUUUUGAGAGGAAUAUUUUAUCAAGGCUGUGGUUACGUUGUUUUCACAAGAGACAGUUAUGUUGGAAGAUGCUUUAAGGGCCUGGGACAGUUAACCCCUACUUCAAAGAUUGUUUCCUUUGAAGAGUUGAAACAGUUUCUUGGCAUCAAAUUGUAUGUGUCCAGUUGGUUCAUGCUUGAGAAGGAAUGUUUGUACAUGUUAACUUUAAGUGUUGAAUAUUUUAUGCUCUGUAAAUUUAUUCAGUAUUAUAAUAUGGAUUAUUAUGCGGAUGGAUUUUUAAAGAUUAUUUAGGUUGGUUGAUCUUGGUGUUCAACCAGGUAAAAGCACAUCCUAAACUGGUUGCCAGUGCCUUCAACCUUUCUCAUCAGUGAAGAAUCCAUGUCAUUGAAUAAAGUUUGCUUUUCUGUAUAAUUGUCUAUCCGAAUAAUGUCAAACGAAAUUUGAUACAGGAAUGGUUGUAAUGACAAAAAUAUUUUUAGAAUAAGCUUCACACGAGUGGAUGUAAGUGGAAUAUAAUUGGACUCAAGUACCAAAUCCAUCAGUGUGAUAAUAGUUGUGGUAAAAUAAGAGAGAAAACAAGAGAGUAAUCUUGAAUGGUAAAGAUGUCCUAUACUUAGAAUACCAUCUGCACAGAGAAAACUUUUGCAUGCUGUUUUAUAUCUGCUGGUAGAGUAAAUGAAAUAACUUUUGAAAAUUAACAUUCUUGCUCUGAACAUUGGCAGUUGGCAUUGUGUGACAUUUGGCAUUUGCCAUUGGCACAGCAGCAGUCAGAAUUAGCUGUAGGUACCUUGGGUGCACUGUGUUCAAAUCUGGAUACACAUUCGGACUUCUCUGAAUUUUGUAUGCUUUUAGAUGCAUUCACCAUUUUUGGAAAAAACCUCUAAAUUACCAUCAAGAGAAUAUAUAAAACACAAAGAAAAAAGGAUAAAAUAUCUGUACCUGUGUCAGCAGUUAGUAUAGUGAAUGUCAUAAAUGAGUGGGCUAGUUCCAGGCCUAAGAAGCUGACUUUCACUAGAACUGGUUUUUGCUUCCUUGAACUGCAGCAUGUUUGUUUAGGUGUGGGUGUGAAAAUUACACUCCAGGCUUGGUCAUUAUUUGUGUUAGCACAAAAUUCUUUUUUUAAGCCAUGGCUUGUAUUCCCCUGACAAUCUACUGUGAUUCGAUGUUCUGUCCUCUGACUUAAGGCUGCCACGUGCCGAGUGGAGUUUUGCUUUAGACGCACACCGCUAUUUAUGACUAGAUGUUUGGAGAAAGUGUUCAACUUGGUUUUCUUCUUGCUUCUCAUGCAGAAUGUUGGUAGUAAUUAUAUUGACAAGUUUUGAAAAUGGAUACAAACUGGAUAUUUGUCAACAUCUUUUGUUUGCAUCUUUUACUGCUUUCUAAAUGCCUGGACACAUUUUUUUAAAAUUGUAAAAUAGAACAAAAGUAAAUUAAUUUUAGAUUAAUUGUCAUGAUUAUGUUGAUGUAAACUAGAUGACCAUUAUAGUAAUAUAUAUAUGAUGCAGCCUUUUUUGUGUAAUUUUUUUUUAAUACACAAUUAUUUUUAUGCAGAAACUUUUUUUGGUGACAGUUGGAUGUAUUUUAACAGGUCACAAAUUUAUCGGUCCAAUAGCUGUAUAAUGUCAGCACAUUAUCUGCUAACUCAUGUUGUAGUAACAUUCCUUGACUUGAAGGAAAAUGAGGAUCAGGAUUUUUUUCCAAAGUAUUAGAGCUAGGGAUGUUAUAAUUGUUUAUGAGGGGAAUGUUAUUUACAGGUUAUUGUCCCACCCCUCCUUGUGUUGUAAAUCUUUAAUUGAUUUUAAUGCUUAAUACUAUAUCAACUUUGGUUCUUACCAGUCCAUGGUUGAAGUUUUCUUACAUACAUCUUUUUUUUCCCAUGACUUGAAAAACUAGUAAGUAUGGUUAUCACCAGAUUACCACAAGACAGUUACGACAGUCCAGGAAUGCAGUGGUACAGUUUCAAUUUUCUUUACAACAGUCUUUUGCAAACUUGAAUUAUAUUCCUGUUUGUAGAUCAAGAGAGAUGUAAUCCUGAUGUACAGUCAUCAAUAUGUAGAAUUUAUUUUUUUGUAUAGAAGUUAUAAUUUAGAAAGAAAAGCUUGUGAUUCCUCAUCAUAUCACUUGACCACAUAUCAGCAGAAUGUAUAAUGAUAUAUCCAUUUGUUACUAUUUUUCCAAGAUUUAUAAGUAUUCAAGUUGUUGUUUUUGUGUCUUGAGAUUUACAAGACGGACAUUUUUUCAAGUGGUUGUUGCACUGAUAUUUUUACGGUUUCCGAGAGGUAAAGAUUUUUAUUUUUAAGCAAAUCUUUUCUGAAGAUGUUAAAACAUUCCAAGACUGCAGGUUUAAAAUGUACAGUCUGGCACUGGAACUAGAAUGAUGAAUGAUGAGCAUGCUGAUGCAUGCAUGUGUGCAUGAAAUGAUUUGUGUGAUGUGUUUCUGUGUGUGCUCAUGCACAUGUGCAUUUAUGCAAAUGGAAUAUGUGCAGGAAUGAUUUGUUUUUGUAAAUAUAUGUCUCUGUUGUUUUCACUAAGAGAUACUUGUGCAUGGAAUUCAAAUCAAGAUUUUAUUUUUAAAUUUAUGAAAAAGUCCAGUACGAGAAAUUUGUCGAGUUGAAACCUGUGUAAAAUGCUUUGCUUCUACAAUCCAGUAAAAUUUUUAAAUGGUAUCAGUUACACAUUAAGUCUGAAGACAUUUAAAUUUUGUGGAACCCAAAAUCCUGAGGUAGUUUUCUUACACACUUUUACCGAGAUAGAACUGCUUGGUUACAUUGUGGUAAUUGGUAUCCUUUGACCAUUCCUUGCUUUUACUGCUAUUUAGUGUUACUUGUCUUAUGGACUCUGAAAUGUUUCAAGGGAUGCAACUGUUCUAAUCAUGUCUGCUUGGAGGCAUGGGAGAGAGAUAUACUGAUAACGGUUGUCAGUAUAGCUAUUCAAAAGUAAAAUACAUGUGAUAUAAUACAUGUCUUUGAACUGCAAAGUAUAACUUGAAUCUAUGUAGAACCUUGAGAUGUGAUCAAACUCUUCUCAUGUAAGGCAUCAUAGGUUCCUAUUCAUUACUUUUUGACUACAGUGAUACCUCGGUUCUCGAACAUAAUUCGUUCCGGGAGGACGGUCGAGAACCAAAUUGUUCGAGAACCGAAGCAAUGAAACCCAUAGGAAAUAAUGGAAACUGGAUUAAUUCGUUCCAAG